AUGGUUGCCCUCGCACCCAUUGCGGACAUCCUUCCCGCGCUAUAUCAGCAGAAACUCACUCAGAAUGGUAUGGUUCAUUCCGAGGAGGAGUAUACCGGCGAUGUUACACCAACCAGCGUCAUGACUGUGGGUAUAGGCCCGUCGUCCGAAUCUGACAGCGCCGAUCCCAUUCCCAUUACCGCAAACGGCAAUGCGUCUACAAGCCACGCGACAAAUAGUGUCAACAAGGAUAUUGCACCUUCAAUUCACUCUGGUAAUAACCCGAUCAAUAGGAAGAUGGCUGUCGAUAUCCUCAAGGUCAUAGAGAGUUAUGGUGUUGAUUAUGAGAAGAAUGAUGGUUCCUGGCAAGGGCUCGAGUCCUUCAUCCCCACCGUGGAAGAACGAGUCAAACGAAGCGAACCGAUUCGCAUGAUCCUUCCUGCUUUUCCUUUCAAGUCUCCCAAUACACGAGACAAGGUACUGGGCACGAUGCCUGACUUUGGUGAAGAGUUGGCCCUUGCUCAUCUGAACGGGCUGUGCGAGAACAUCGCUCAGGUAUACGAACCUGGCGCCGAUGUAUACAUCAGCUCGGACGGACUGAUAUACAAUGAUAUCCUCGGAGUCUCUGACGAAACUGUCUGGGACUAUGGAGAGGCCUUGCGACAAAUGGCCGUCGAAAGAGGCCUCCGCCAUGUGAAAUUCAUCCGUCUCUUCGAACUACUCGAACAUCCCUGGGUCAAGACCGACAGCUCGGACGCUGCCAAAGCGUUCUAUUUGGCCCAUGCUAGCUGUCUUCGCCGCGAACUCAUGUAUAAACAUGGUGACCCAGACUUUGACGCCGACGAGGCAAUUAAGACUGACAACGACACCUGCUUGACAUAUCGCGGGUACAUCAAAUUCCUGACCAAAGAUCUUGCGCACCAAAGCCAGAUUCAGUUGCUGUCCAAACGCGCCAGACAGAGCCAGAUUGCUCAAAUCGCGCGCCAGAUGAUCGUCCGCGGCAAAAUGUUCGCAGCCGCCAUCAGAGCCAACCGAAAGGACUAUGUCCGACUCUCCAUCCACGAGUCCGCAGGGGAGAAGAAGCUGUCUGUAUCUCUCAUUCCUCAGCUUCGAGGAACCCUGGGUUUUACUCCGUGGCAUACAUCGGUAGUAGUGAGUGUGGAUGGCUCAUAUCGCACUGUCCACACCGAGAACGUGCGCGAAACCCACGACCUGAUCUACAAGAACGGCCAGCCGUAUUACUUCCGCGAAAAGUCCGACAUCUUCAACUGGGCUGAAGAUGGUGUCUCCGUCAAGUUCGAGCACCUUUAUCCCUGCGGGCUUAUCGUUCGUCCUGCCGACAUUGACAAUGUCAACCCGCCCCCUUCCAUCAGUGCUCUGCCCAUGCGCAAGGUCCGCCAGCUUUCAAACAACAUGUCGCCUGUAAUUCUGCGCGGUUUUGCGGAUACUCUCCAGGAGGAUCUAUACGUUCAAGCUGGUGAAAAUCUGGGUACUAUUCUCCCGUGGAGUUUUGGCAUUAUCCAAAAAGUCCGCGACGCCGGACGCACCGACAAGCUGGCCAACAAUGUCUCCUCAAACGAAGCUAUGCCCAUGCACUUUGAUGGAAUGUUCAAGCUUGAAGAGGUUACAGAUCCUGUAACGGGAGAGACGAAGAAAGUCCAGCGUCCACCGGGGUACCAAUUCUUCACCUGCCUCGCCACGGCACCGAAGGGAAGUGGAUAUACGCUCUUUGCCAGCUCGCGGCUCUUCUUCAGGUAUCUGCCGCUCCCAUGGACAGCAGAUCGUUUGGAGAAUAUCACUUGGGCAAUGGAUAACGACGGGUUCUGGGACGCGAAGCUGAGGAACUUACCACUGGUUGUGAAGCAUCCUGUUUCAGGAUUGCCCUGUGUGCGCUGGCACCAGCCGUGGGACUCGACCAAGACAAAGUUCUCAACUUGUGAUGUCAUCAUUGAGAAUGAUCAUCCCAGUCUAGUUGAUGUUAUGGAUAGAGUUACUUAUGACCAUCGUGUCUGUUUGCGUUUUGAGUGGGAGAAGGGUGACAUGCUCAUUAGCGAUAACACGGCCAUGCUGCAUACCCGCACGGGGUAUAAGACUGAUUGUGAUCGGGAGCUGUGGCGUAUUCAUUUUGAUUAG